UGUAGUUGGCAUAGAUCAUCAUCAUCAUCAUUGUCCAGUGUCCAGCAUCCCAGUCAAACGAAAUCCUCCGACACAAUUUAUUUAGUAAUUUAGUCAAAUUCUAGCCGUCGGCGACACUUCGCGCAAGCCACAGGAACACGGCUGUGGAAACAGUUUGUGCGGUUGAGUUAUUUUUUUUUGUCUAAGCAUCUAAGUACUGAGUAUGAGCUGGAUUUGGUUGAUUGCUUUCCUUGCUUCGCUGGCUGGUGUUGAGCUGGAAAAGAGUUGGGAAUGCAAGAGACCUGGCCGAUUUCGAGAUCCCGAGGAAAGCCAGGAUAGUUGCGAGCUCUACGUAACGUGCAUUCCGGAUCCGGAUGAAGGUUUCACCAUGCGGAAUGAUCAAUGUGCUAGCGGGUAUCGAUUUAGUCCCAAGUAUCAGCGCUGUUUGUUGGGAGAAACGUGUGACAAUCUGGAGGACUUUUACUCGAUCGAGUAUCAGUGCAAGGAAUGUGGUAAAUUUGUGAAUGUGAAAUCUCAGGACUGUCGACAGUUUGUGAAUUGUUUGAGGACAACCGAUCCGGGUGUGUACAUCCCGAUCAAACAAAACUGCCCCAAAGGUCAGCUGUUUUCGGCAAAAAGUCUAACUUGUGUGGACAAAAGUGAAUAUCAGUGCCCAUCAGCAGUGCUGAAGUUCUUGUCGGAUUUUGUUUGCCUCGGUACGGGAAUGUAUCCGGAUGAGUCAGUGAGAAACUGUCGAGGUUAUCGAUUGUGUUCAAAGGACGAGAACGAGAAACUAGAAUCUAAAAGUUUUCUCUGUGAAAAUUAUACAAUAUUUUCGGAAACGGAACAUAAAUGUGUACCUGCCGAUCAGUACGAUUGUCCCGAUGAUGAUGAUUUCAUCUGUCCUGGUAUCGGUCGCUACCCGGAUAAGAGCUCGAAAAUGUGCGAAACCUAUCACAAUUGCUACGAAAACUCGGAGAAAAAAGUUCGCUCAAUGCUGUUCACCUGUCCGGGGAAAACGAUUUUUUCCGCUAUCACCUCGAAAUGUGUAGCUCCAUCCGAGUACGUUUGUCCCAGCACGUGGGCAGAGUUGGAGAUCAGCGAGGAAGAGGAUGCUGUUUGCCAAAGGUCCGGGAGGUUCUCCAACGAAAAUGACACCCGCUGUGAGACGUACUUCCUCUGCACCAAGAACACUAAAGGAAGCUGGAUCAAAGUACAGCUGAGAUGUCCGGCAGGAAAUGUGUUCUCAACCAUCAGCAAUCGAUGUGUACAUGCGAGCAAUUUCAGCUGUCCUGGAUCCCCAGCAACAACAACAAUCGAAAUCGUCGUUUCAACAACUGCACCCACAAGCACCGAGAUGGUCACACCUACGACGACAUUUUUGCCAGUGCCAGUGGAAACGACUGUGCGGGAGGAUCGACCGGAAUGUGAAGGAGCAGGGCGAUUCCACAAUACAAACGAUGAUACCUGUACCACGUACUAUUUGUGUGCUUUAAGCUCGGAAAACAUUCUGACGCGCACCUUGCUCAGUUGCCCCGAAGGAACUCUUUUCUCGAUCGAUCUGAAUAGAUGUAUUCAAGUCGACGGACACGACGAAUGUGUCAGCGGGAUCCUCACUGUGACCACGCCAGUGUUCUAUUACGAACAAUCCGGCGACGGACUGGACAACACGGAUAGCGUAUCACAAUCGUCACAAAGCGGAAGUGAAGAUAACGAAAUCGACGAGCUGGCAGCGAUUCCCACAACGAUAACAACGAUCCUUGCCACAUACUACGAAUAUCCCUGCACAACAACCGGGCGUUUUGCUGAUAUCAACUCGGUAGAUUGCAAAUCCUACUUCCUGUGUAAAGAGAACUAUCCCGGAUCGAUCACUUCUCUGCAUCUGAACUGCCCGGAAGGCAUGGUGUUUUCAAGAAAUAUCAACAAAUGUGUUAUCUCUACCAAAUACCUGUGCUGAAUCUGACAAAAAUCUCCCACUCUCUCCACCCCACACUUUUGAUUCACCUUUGAUUAAGUAUUCCUAUAGCUGUACAGUUUUUAGGCAAAAAAAAUCUACCAAACUAUAUAGAGCUUGUAAAUUAAUAUGCCCACAUAAAACCUGACGAAAAAUAAAAAUCCAUCAUGGCGCAUGGGGCGAAA